AUGCACCCAACUCAGUCGGGAAUGCUAGCGACUAGCCCGCCAACACCGGAGUCCCCCUUGGAGACCUCCACCCCUGAUAGACGCGGCCCCGCACCAUUCCGGCUAGAAGAGGCGCCCGUGUACCGCGAUGCUUGGGCCCGGCAGCACCCCUCCAUCCACCUUCUCUUCCACCGCGACAUCAUUACGCACCUCGUAUGGUGUGCGGCGGCGUGUCGCUAUCUGACCGGAGGCGCCGACGGAGCGGUGAAGCUGUGGCGAUCGGAACUGCAACCCCGCGCGUCCUCAUCGCAUGCGACCUCCUCGUCCUGUGCAGAGCACCCCGUGCUCAUUCCGGAGGCCCACGUCAUCACGCUCGGUGGCCCUGUCACCGGCCUGUGCGCGAGUGGCCAGGCAGUCGGCAACUCUGAGGUGGCGGUGGUCGCCUCAACCGAUGGGACGUUGACGCUAUGCCGCACCGGCACACACGAGAUCAUCCGCACGUUGCGUGGCGCACGGGGGGAGUCCCUGGAGCCCUCUCGCCAGAUUGCGCCGCCACAAUGCGGCCCUGCGCUCAGCGGGCUUGGAAAGGACCACGUCAGUGAGGAGGGUGACAGUGGCGCUUUGGCAAGGGGAGAUCAACAACUCACUCAUCGCUACUUCAAGGGCCCAACGUGGUACGCCGCGGAAGCGUACAGCUGUCGCCUCGCCCCUUCCUCAGACAUGGCGAUUGUGCGCAGGCCCGUCUACACGGUGCGCGCGUACAGAAACGAGGCCCGUGAGGCCCUCACCAGCUCCUCCAACGAAUACUUCCAAGGCCUGCGCACUGUGGCGCCGACCUACGAGCACCUGACACAACACGAGGAGAAGAACGCAGAUGUGUUGGCGCAGUUCAGCGUCGCUCCAGCCCCGCCGACCUCCACGCCAAACUCGACCAUGCCUCGACAAUGGUACGCGUCCGCCAUCGCGCUCGCUGCAGCGCCUGCCGUGAUUUACACCAGCAACGUCAGCGGCGGUGGCGGUGCCUUGUCGUCACACUCAGCGCUGGAUCCGUUGCUGCUGCUUGGCUUUCCUAAAGGACUCGUUCAGGCCUAUGUGCUGCCACAGCGCUGGUUUUCUUUGCAUCAGCACGGCGAGACGCGGCUGGACCCGCCAGCGGUGCGCGUCCCCGUCUUCUCGGGCCUCCUCCACUCAGCGACGGUAUUGGGCAUAGAGGUGCUCGUGGGUCGCGACAUGGUCGUCUCUGUAAGCGAAGACUGCACAACGCAGCUGCGGCGGCUUUCGUGCUUGCAUGCGCCACUGCGGCAACUCGGUGUGGUCGUCUCGCUGCCCACACCCGUGUCUCACGUGCCCCCAUCCCCCCUGAAGUCUCUCUCAUCACGAGCGCCGUCGCUGUGGCAGCACGUUGGCAGCGCUGACGGUCACUCUCGACCCGUCACAUGCUGCUGCGUCGACGAAGAGCACCAGUUGCUCAUCACUGGAAGUGCCGACCACACGCUCUGCUGGUGGAACCUCAUGGCAGGAAGCUCCUCUAUCCCAAUACGCGUCGUGACGUUGCGUGACACUGCGACCGCCGCAGACCUGAGGAGCGGGGCUGACGGCACCCCCUCCUCACCAUCCAACCCGCCGGCGCUGGUGGUACGAGGCGGCUACCCAGUGGACGUGAGCCUGUUCCGUCGGCGGCUACUCGAUGAGCGCAGCAAGGAUGCGUCACCGGCCGUCGUCACGGCUGACGAUGCAAGCGGCAGGAGCUCGUUGGGGCGCAGCUUCCAAAUGGCUCUAUUUCUGCUCGUGCUAGACACCGAGCGAGUUGUUCGUAUAUUUGACGCCCUCUCGGGGAAGCUCAUCGCCUCCGAAAUUGAGCCGCGUACCGCUGCCACCGCGACGGCUUCUGGCGUCGUCGACAAGUUGAACAGCGUGACCAAGGAAGCUCGUCUUGCCCGCUACGACUGCGUAAACGGUACUGACCGGGUGCUCCUGGGUGGGCUAUACUUGGUGCCGUGGUACCUCGCCCGUUCGGUGGACUCCGCUGUGAUGCGUGGCCAUACGGCGUCGAUUUUCUUCACCGCCUGGUGUGCGUCCCUGAAGUGUGCUGUGACAGCUGACGCGCACCACGUGCUCUUCUGGCGGCUACGCGCUGGACAGAAGGGAGAUCCCACAGCAGAGGUGCUGCGAGCAUGGCGCAUCACGGCCGGCAUUCGAUCUGUCGCCCUGUGCGACACGGAGGCCACUGAUGAACACUCCCACCUGCAGCGACCAUCCCUGUUCAUUGCGCACGAGUCAGAGGCAGUCAUUGGGCAGUAUGACUGCCUUCUCUCUGACUCCUCGCCGGCUCACGGCACGAGUGGGCUGCCCCAGCCUCACCUUCUGCAGCGACUCUCUCUUCACGACAGUGUCUCGGUGAACGCACUCGCCGCGGUAACUGCAGUGGCCAGGAGGAGCAGCGCAACGCAGGGAGUCAGCAGCGCGGAGGUGGUGACAGCCUACGCCCUAGCUGUGGGUCACGCCACACGUGGAACGGGUGGGGAGACGCUGCAUGGGGCGAGUGGGGAAAGCCGCCUGUUGAUGUACCCGCUGCUACUGUCGAGUGCCACAACAGUGUCAGCAAGCACACAGGCAACUGCGACAAUCGACGGAGCGGCAGGGCCCAUUGCACCGCUUCGUGAACUCCGUCUUUCCGGCUCGCACGCAGACGGCAACAACAGCAUCGUGAGCGUGUUAGGGCUUCCGUGUGCAAAUCUGGUUGUUGUGGGUGGCCGGCGUGUCUUGUACACGGCACCCCUCUCUAGCAUGGCCACCUCGGCUGUCCCGUGUGACCCGCUGCCCCUGGGGCGGGCGGCGGCAGCGCAGCCAAGGUGGCGAGGUUCAAAUCUGUCGAUGCGGGCGCCGCAGCCAACAGCGGUCUUUCCCGGUCCUCUGAUCUCGCUGGAUGACUCGACCACUCUUAGCAUGGCAAAUGGGGAGGCGGCAGAGCAGGCGGACGGUGACGCUAUGGUCGCGGUGGCCCUCGCGGACUCGUUGCUAACGGGCUUCCUGUCUCGCCUGGUGCACAUCCCGCACGACACCGCUGCUUCCGCACCUGACAGUGGUGAGGCAGCUGUAUGCCUGGUGCUGUCCGGCAGCAACGACGGCCUCGUGCAGCUUUGGGACGUGCACCACGGCCGGGAGCUGUGGCAGUGCCGUGCGGUGAUGACACGUGAGCCCAUUACGGCACUCGCAGUGCACCAUUGUGAUACUCAGUGGCUCGUUGCCGCAGGCGACCAGAGUGGUGUUUUGACGCUGCUCGACAUCACCAGCGUCGUGCAGGCCGCACGCCAGGUGGUCGCUGCAGACGCUCAGGGACCUCGGAAACCAGGCGCAAGGACCACUGGGUGGCCGCAGCAUGGGCUGGAGCGUGAGGAAGGUCGAAUGCUUGAUCGCUGGCUGGCGCAUGCGGACGCCGUCUCGGGUGCUUUUUUCACAACAGUGCCGGCCGGUGUCAGUGAUGAGGCGGCCACCGCUCUCCAGCUCCUUACGACCGGAGAGGAUUCCGCCGUGAUGCUUUGGACGCUGCCGUCGUGUUCUUUGUUGUCGACCUCCCCAAUCACACCAAAUUACGAACUUAGCGGCAUUUUGCUGCUCCGUCCAUGUGAACGCGCGGACGCAACCAACCACCGCCGCUCCCACGCCCCAGUGCGGGUGCAACCGAGUAUAAUGAAGCUUCCGUGGGCCGCCAGGCAAGCGUACGAAGCGUUGCGGCAGCAGUACGUACGCGAGCGUCUGCUUGAUGGCAAAUCCACGGAACUAUCGGCUGCCUUGAUGCGCUUUUACAUGCCAGCCAAACCUCUGGAGGGCACCACAGCAGGCGAAUCGGCGAACGUGGAACCGGGCGAAGAGGAAAGUGAAGAGGAGGCGAAACUCAUCGAUCGCGCAUGGGCAGUGCUGACGGCUGAUGUCCGCGCGUUCUCGCGGUCUGUGGUCCCCGCUGAGCCUCAAGGUGACGCACUUGCGGUAGCACCGCGACCGCUCACUGUGGUGCAAGCGUGGUGCAAGUCCCUCUCACCGGAUGUCACGGCCAAGCACACGGCAACCGCCUUCUCGAGCAACCUACCAGCCACGAAGAUCCAGCCCCACUGCGACAAGAACGUGAUCAAGACGUCCUGUAAGUCUGUGACACCGUCGACCGUGCCAUCGAGUGCCGCAGGAAGGCCAGCACUGCCUCCCUCGCCGCUUAUCCUCGCCUUUGCCGACCGCUGCUGCGACGGACACGGCAGAGGUGGAUGCAGCUCGGCUCGCCAGCGGAGUACGUCAGAGUUUGUGGCACGUGCUUCAUCCGUACGAGAGUGCCUGCGCCAGACGCUACGCGUUGUUGUGCAAAGCUCCGUCGAAAAUGCCUCCUCGCAGCGUGCGUUGGGGACAGCCAUGGCGACGCAGCGGAGGCACAGCAUUGCUCUAGGACCAUCACUGUUGCCGUCCGUUGCAGACCCCUUCGAGUUUGCAGACAAAACGCUGCCGCUGCCAGGGAAGCCAUCGUUGGUCAGCGACGAGACCCCCAACUGCAUUGAAGGUGCGAACAGCGAGGUGCCAAGGACACCGCCGGCCUGCGCCCUCAUCUCUACGUCACCUGGUGGCCUUUCCCACGGUGGCACACCGAACAGCUUGACACAACAGGUGGCAAACCACGGGGCUACGCCACGGCGCUACGUUGGCUUCACGGGUGAGGGUGGCGAACCUCGGUCAGCGCCGUGCACCGUGCCCGCCGCACCCCUCCAAAGCCAAUCGUCUCGUAUGGUUGUCACGUACCGUGUCGGGUACAGCGUCCACGCACCACUGGUCCGAAGUACAUCUGCAGACCGGUGUGCCGGAGCGUCUGCAAAGCACGGUAGACUCCUCCGCAAGACAACGCCGGAGGACGCGCGCGACACAGCGAUGAAUGAGUUCGCAACGGCACCGCGACUGUCAGAACGUCAUUUCGUAGACGACGACGCUGGCCUGAACGCCACGGUCGACGCACCCUACGGAGGCCUCGCAGGCGGUGACACAGCGGCGAUUGUCAUGCAGCACGCCAACCGCCACCGGCGUCGCGCGGAGGCUCUGCAGUGCCUGAUUAUGCUCGAACAGGCCGAUCUCAACCUAUGCUGCCGCGGUACCGCACGGAAAGGGACAGCUGAUGGGAAGCGCAAACUCGCUGGUGAUGCCGUGGGACGUCCAGUGCUGCGAGGUGGCGGUACCGUAGCGUUGGGUCUCCCUCAGUGCAGCGUGCGACGGGCGUCAGCUACGGCGAGGCAAUGGGAGCGGUCGCUGAAGAAGAAGCAGCCCAAGACGUGCACCGGCGGUUCCUCUCAGCGAAGCGGGUCACCACAGGCAGCUGUAGUGAGCCCACCGAAAGUUCCGCUGGUUCUGGUGUCCGACGCGUACCUCAAGCCGGUGCUAACGCGCGUCGGCGCUUCCAGCGCUCUUUUGUCUGACUACGCGGCUGCUGCUCGCACCACUACCGCUAAUCGCACAGCUCUCUCGCUGGAGUCGGCGUCCGUGUACGACUCGGCGUGGUAUGCGGAGCGGCAAAGGCGCCGCGACGCUGCCCGCGAGAAAGCACGCCUGUGGAACUCGCAUAGGGUGAUGAAGACGCUGCUGGGGUGGACAGCGUCGCCGGGGGAACCCAGCAGCGACAUCGAAGAGCCACUCAGCGCUACGGCGGGACGCUUUGAGGACGGUCGCAUCUUCGCCCUUGGCACCAAAGCCACUACCAUGGGCCUUAGUAAUCCCCUCACCGCAGCGGGCAAGACAUCAUCGCCACCGGUUCUUACACUUCCUCCGAUCCUGGCCCUACGCAGCCCAACUGCCAACUCUCUCUCCCCUGUUGUAGACGACGCAAUGGCGUCUCCUGACGCUGCCGCAGCGGCGCUCGCGGCUCUCCUCUGUGUGUCUCCAACAACUGCGAUCGAUGCCGCGGUGCACCACGGCCUGCCCUCACGCAAGGUCUUACACGCCGAAAUGGCUGCUGCGAAGGCACGUAUGCGGCAAUCCGUGCAACUCCGUGCCGCUUGCCAGCGCGAGCAUAGAUCCAUGGCAACGGAGGUAGGUGAUGACAACGUUGUGGACGUGGUCGAGCAACUCGAUAGUGUUGACACUGACAGCCUGUCUGAAGAGCAACGUGAUCCUGACAAAGCUACCAGCGCCGAUAGUGUAGGUCGCCGCUCGCACCAAGGGCAGAUGAAGUCGGGCCAUGGAGCCCCCAUCGCUGCCUCCAUUUCACCACUGGGCAAGUCUGGGUGUGCGCCGCGGCGUGCGCUACAGUCGCAUGAGGGGGCUGAGCCCCGCCGCAUGGCCACCGUGCCGCUGCCCACUGCCACCACACGCCAAGAGCUCUUUGGCAACAGCACGUGGCGCCACAAGUGA